AUGUCUUCAUAUCAGGGUGAUCGGAUAGGCGGGGGCUCAUCUAACAUCGCCAUACCGCUGCAACAGCAACGCAGACAGUCGAACGCACAUGUUACAGAAUCCCUCGCCAGCCGGCGAUCGAGCAUGCUGCUAGGUACGUCGCACGUUUCUGGGAAACUGCUGAAGCGUCAGGGAACACUUGGGCAGUCUUCACCAGUUGCAGAUAAGAACAUCGAGUCACGCGUAUUCAUAGACAUCGAUUCACCGAACUUUAAGACAGUUGAACAGAAGCAGCAUGAGGAAAUCGUCAACUCAUUACGGAACUAUUACUUGAACGAUUAUGUGCAGUCGAAGAGGAAGUUAUCUUCAACGUCAGUGAACACGGCGUCGAUGUCAAACAUGGAGGACGAGGAGGCGAGCGACGAUGGCAAAAGCUCUGCUGAUGAUUCAGGCCUCCGCCACGACUCGCAUCUAAACUCUGUUGGCGGCGAUAUCACACGUGAAUUCUACUGGAUUGGCUCGCGGGGCGACCAAAUGAGACGAACCAAGAAUCGCUCGUGUGAUGACCUCUCGUUAGCGUGUGGACAACGGCGAGGCUCCACUGCGAGUGCGUUGAAUGUACCCGGAGGUUUCAGAAGGGAGUACAUAGUAAGCAAGAUCCGGAAAGAUGUUUCUUCUGUCAAUGAAGAUCAGACGGCUGUGGACAACUCUCUGUUUUUCGAUAAAGUACCGUUUUUGACCAGAAACUUCUUGGAAUUCUUGUAUGUGGAAGGCCACUUUGCCGGCGAAUCCUUUGAUGAAGAGUUCGCGCUAGUGCCGCCGACAUACGCCACGGGGGUAGAUGAACACACACCUCUUCUGCUCAAUACCGAUCCUGAGCAACAGCAACAGGUACCUGCACAUCUCAGAGUUAAAACGUCUACAUUCAAAGCUUUUCUCUUGAUGAUAAAGUCAUUCAUUGGCACCGGUGUCUUAUUUUUGCCGAAUGCAUUCAGCAACGGUGGACUAGCAUUUUCGAUUUCGAUGUUAUUCUUCUUCAGUGCCUAUUCCUAUUGGUGUUACUACAUUUUAGUUCGUUCUAAAGAUGCGACAGGGGUGUCCUCUUUCGGUGAUAUUGGUGGGAUAUUAUUCGGCUCUUGGAUGAAGUUCAUUAUUCUUUUCUCAUUAGUGCUUACACAAAUGGGUUUUGCCGGCGCUUAUGUCGUCUUCACAGCUAAAAACCUAAUUGCGUUUCUGGACAAUGUAUUCAACUGGCCUGACAUCCCUGUGAAGUACUUACUUUUAACGCAGCUGUUUAUCUUCAUCCCGUUGUCUUUCGUGCGCAAUGUCUCCAAGUUAUCAAUAACAUCACUCUUCGCCAACUUCUUUAUCAUCAGCGGCCUCAUCAUUGUUGUGUACUAUACAGCUUGUCGUUGGAUGUACGAUCUUUCUUUCAAACCUGCGGAAGGUGUGAUAAUGGUUUUUAACCCAAAUCGGUGGUCCCUAUUUAUUGGUACUGCGAUUUUUGCAUUUGAAGGUAUCGGAUUGAUAAUCCCGGUGCAGGAAUCCAUGCGUCAUCCCGAAGAAUUCCCUAAAGUCCUCGGACUUGUUAUAAUUACGACCACAGUCUUAUUCAUAACAAUCGGAACGCUUGGCUACCUAGCGUAUGGGUCCCAAAUACAAAGUGUUAUCCUAUUGAACCUACCUCAAGACGCCUUGAGCGUGAACAUGAUACAGCUCUUCUAUUCAAUGGCAAUCCUCCUAUCCACGCCACUACAGCUAUUCCCUGCCAUUGGUAUCAUCGAAAAUAAAUUCUUCCCUCGUUUUACGAAGGUUGACAUCAAGGGGCAGGACUCUGCAGAUUUCCAACUUCAGCAAAACUCAGGCCGUGCCAACUGGCGAGUAAAGUGGUCCAAGAACCUGGUACGUUCCAUCAUCGUGCUUUUGGUCAUUAUUUUGGCCUAUUUUGGUGCAGAUAACUUGGAUCUCUUCGUAUCAAUCGUCGGCUGCCUCGCCUGUAUCCCAUUAGUUUACAUUUACCCUCCCAUGCUACACCUACGCAGCUGUAGCACCCCAGACCACGAAAAAAGCAAUACCUGGAAAACCCGCUGCUCAGUUUUGAUUGACUAUAUCUUAAUCAUAUUUGGAUUCGUCAGUAUGUGCUACACCUCUUAUCAGUGUUUCGCCGGAUAG